AUGUCUGAGAAGCAAAACAUUGUCUCAUCCACUCUCACAGAUAUGACAGAAUUCGCUAAGGACAGCAGAAGAUUGUUAAACCGCUGCACUAAACCUGACAAGAAAGGUAAAAAAUAAUCAGAAUACGUAAAAAUCGCUACUGCUUGCGCUGUAGGAUUUGCUGUUAUGGGCUUUAUUGGGUUUUUUGUGAAGUUGGUAUUUAUUCCAAUAAACAAUAUAUUGCUCACUCCAUAA